AUAGGGCAGAACAGGAGAGCAGCGCUGAGAGGAAAAGCAGCCGGAGGAGCUGAAUGAUGGCAAGCCACUGCUGAGAGUUGGGACUCGCUACCCGUCGCUUCAAACACAUCUGUUUCUGAUACACCAGCCCGUAAUUAACCUGAAGCCUUUAAACCCUGCCGAGAGAGGAGUGGAAGUAAAAGUGCGCAGUUUGGUCUCGUCGCUGCGAGGAAAAUCUGUGGCAUAUUCGCACAAAUUUCCUUUCCUUUCUGCCCUCUUGCUUUGGAAUACGACAGGUAGGCAGUCAUGGUUAGCCUGUGUGUUUGGGCUGUGGCCGCUCUGCUGGGAACCUCAGGGUGCUGGCUGGCUGAAGGGCACAAAAGCAGCAGGAGAAGCAACGUUCAUUCAGCUACAAUGUCACGCACCUCCUCCCAGGAACCAAACUCCAUGGAGAAGGGGAAAGCAGACGGGAACAUCGAUCAAUCCCUCUCUGACCCAGACGGAGGUCCCUGUCGCAGGACUUACUGUGGACGGGGUCGACAGUGUGUGCUGAUGGCAGACACCGGCCGUGCUGAGUGUGUUUGCCAAGAAAAGUGCCGGCCCUCCUUCGUGCCGGUGUGUGGUUCAGACGGCAGGUUCUACGAGAACCACUGCGAGGUUUACCGCACCGCCUGUCUGGAGAGGAGGCGGAUCUACGUGGUGCACAGCAAGGACUGCUUCUUCAAAGGCAAUACAUGCACCAUGUCGGAGUACAACAGGCUGAAAAGCAUGCUGCUGGAUAUGCAACCAAAAGUGCUGAAAAAUGGAGAGAAAAGCCAGCAGAGAGACAUGGAGGAGAAGAGAGCACUGGUGGACACCAUGUUCAAAUACCUGGAUGUGGACCAGGAUGGCCGGCUGGUCAGUGGGGAGCUGGAAAAGAUCUCCAUGAAGGAACACCUGGAGGACAGGCUGCUGGAAUGCACCAUGCAGGACCUUCUGCGUUACGACGACUACAACAACGAUGGGCACCUCAGCCUGCACGAAUUCUACACAGCUUUCCAGGUUGUCCAACUGAGCCUGGCGGAAGACCAGUGGAUCAGUGUCUCUACCGUAACAGUGGGCCUCAGUGCCGUUCUUACCUGUGCCAUUCAAGGGACGCUGCGGCCACCAAUUAUCUGGAAGAGGAAUGGCAUCAUCCUGAACUUCUUGGACCUGGAAGACAUCAACGACUUUGGGGAUGAUGGCUCCCUGUACAUCACCAAGGUGACAACCAUCCACAUGGGGAACUACAGUUGCCAUGCCUACGGCUAUGAAGACCUCUAUCAAACACAUGUGCUGCAGGUGAAUGUCCCUCCAGUGAUCCUCGUCUACCCGGAGACACAGGCUCAGGAGCCCGGCGUCUCUGCCAGCCUCCACUGCCACGCAGACGGCAUCCCGAAUCCCAAGCUCCUCUGGCUGAAGAACGGCAUGGACCUGCUGCCCAGAUCCUCCACACAGCUGUCCCUCAUAGCCAAUGGUAGUGAGCUCUUUAUUGGCAGCGUACGGUACGAAGACACUGGAGCCUACACAUGCAUCGCCAAGAACGAGGUUGGCGUGGACGAGGAUAUCUCCUCUCUGUUUGUUGAAGACUCGGCCAAGAAGACCCUUGCAAACAUUCUAUGGAGAGAAGAAGGGUUGAGCGUGGGAAAUAUGUUCUAUGUGUUUUCUGAUGAGGGUAUCACUGUUCUUCAGCCCAGUGAAUGUGAGAUACGCAAACACAUGAAGCGGACAGAGAGGAUUGUUGCUACCUAUGAGGAGAUGUGCCCUAAAGGUGAGGGGGUGUCACCUCAGCGCUGCGUGUGGUCCUCAGCAGUCAACGUCAGGGAUAAGUACAUCUACGUGACCCAGCCCCUCCUGAGCCGACUGCUGGUGGUCGAUAUUCAGGCGCAGAAGGUGGUGCAGGCAGUAACAACAGAUUCUUUUCCAGUGAAGAUGCUCUAUGACAAGUCACAUGACCAAGUGUGGGUCCUAACAUGGGGGGAUAUGGACAGAACACACCCAACACUUCAGGUCAUUCCUCAAGCCAGUGUGGGAGAGGUGCAUCAUGCCAUCCGCACGACUUUCCAGAGGGUCAACGACUUUUUUAUUCCUCCAACCAACCUCAUCAUCACACAUGUGAGGUUUGCCUUCGUCUUCCUCAAAAACGAACCUGCGGUACACAAGAUUGACCUUGAGACCUUCCAUCGCGUCAAGACCAUCAGCCUGAAGAACUACAGCUGCAUACCGGUCAGCAUGGCUUACACACACCUGAGCGGCUUCUAUUUCGUCCAGUGCCAGAGCAAGAGCCACCUGCAAGCCCCGCCCCAGCUGCUCAUCGACAGCGUGACGGACGCAGUGAUUGGUCCAAACCUGAACAUCACAGGGCAGCCGUUUGUGUCGCCCGAUGGCCGCUACAUCGUGACGCCCGACCCACAGAGCUCCAAGCUGAUAGUACAGACAGUGUCGUUCCAGGGAGAGCUGGGACUGAACCAGGAAGUGGAAGAGCCAAUAGCUGUGUCUGAUCUGGCUUUCCAGCCUUCCUUCACGGAGUCCAACCAGCACGUGGUAGUCGCCACCUCGGGCUCAGGGACGGACCUGCUGUUUGCCGAUCUGUCCUCGGGCCGCACCGAGGUUCUGCGGAGCCUCAAGGAGCCCCUGGCACACCAAGCCUGGCCCUGGGGAGGCCCCAACAGAGUAGUGGUCUCCAGCGGUUUGUUUGGACAGUACCUGGUGACGCCGUCAGCCGAGUCCCUCUUUGUCCUGAAUGGCAAACAGAGAACGCCUCACUGCGAAGUGUCAGACAUCAAGAGAGGAAACACAGUCGUCUGGGUCGGCGAGGUAUGAGUAAAAAGGGAGAAAAAAAAGAAAGAUGGCGAUUAGGGACAAACGUAAAUGAAAAAAGGAAAGAUCAGGCCAAAUUACCCAUUAUAAAGAUUUAUGUCAAGACCAGUUGUGGACUCAACCCUGGGACUGAGCAAGAAGGAUACAUGCCUGGGUUUAUUGUAACAAAAUUACAUUUAAAAAAUAGAAUAAUUGAAAACAUUAAGAAACCCUGUUGUGAUAUUUGUAUUGGGAGAAAGUGUCAAUGCCGUUCAGUGCAACAGUGAUCUAUGUGCACUUAACUAUACAGAAUUGUACAUUAUUGCACUUCCUUCCAUGUUAUCACAGCAAAUAGGUACCUGAAGAGGGUUUAUAAACGAUCUAUGAACUAUGCACAAUGCUCACUUUUUUUAGAGUAAAAAGCUUUCCGAUUUUGUUUAUCUCAACAAUGUUUGUCGUUUUCACCAGUGAUGCAUAUAAUCACCACAAACUGUCCGUCUGUCCUGUCUGCCUUUAGUGUAUGUGUGUUCUGAGUCCUUUUAAAAGCUACCAACCCAUCUGUUUAUUGGCCUUUGUCAUGGUAUUGUACUGUAUCCUCCCUCUGAAAGCUCUCAUUCUUCUCAUGCCGGCAGAGGUUGGCUUUAUGCACAUGUGUAAUACCCUCUAUUUACAUUGUCUAUCCAAAGAGCCCGAUUGGUCCAUUAACCGUUGUCAUUGGAAGUUUUCGCUUAACCAGAAAUGAACAGUGCAUCUUGCGGUCUCUUGCAAUGGUAUAAUCUCUCCCCUGCUGUCUCUCACAUUUAUUCUGUACCUGCAGCACAAUUCUGAUCUGCAGAGCCUGAAAAUGCCACUUAGCAGAUUUCCUCAGGGUAAUGACUCCUCUUUACUCUGACCCUGCAUGCUGAGGCCGCGCCAAAGUGCCAUCAACUCGCUAUUGAACGGGCUGUGAGCAUUUAUACUUCCUCCCCUAAGAGCUGUGCAUCAAGAUCAAUCUCAAGGCAGGUACUACACUUGUCAUGUGGUAGUUAUUCCACUUUACUUUGCACCACAUAGAAAACAUUUGUAUUUCUUUCUGUCUAGUCUGCAACAAAAACUGUUAAUAGCAACCACAUUUGCACAGGAAUAACGGCCUGUUUCACUGACACUAUCGUGCUGUUUUAAACGUCAAAUUGUAUUCCUACUUUUGAACAAUCCUGGUAUUAUCUGUCUCGAGGCAGGAACCAAUUAAACACCAGCAACUCUUUGUCCUUUAAAAUAGCAGGAGUGUUCUCUCUGUGGUUGUGUAAUUAGCUUUUGCACUAAUAAUCGUAAUGAUGAUCCAUUAGCAGCAAGACCAUGUCACUGCAGCUCUACAGAUGUAAUAGUGUUAUCAGAAGUUAAAGGAAGUGUUGUGUCUCUCAAACAUCUCUGCUUCUUGACAGUAUUCAUCAGGUACAUAUUUAUCCAGCAUUCACACUUUAUGUAUCAUAGAUGUUGGGCUUGAACUACAGUUUAAUUCAGUGUUAAUAUCCUUUACCAUCUGGCAGAGAUGAUUUCUCAUUUUAGGUUAUAAAAUAAAUGAGGAGCUACUUUUGAAUAUGCUGUUUUACACGCAAAAUGUGUAUUUUCUCUCAAUACACAUUUUAUUCAUUCUUAUUCAUAAAACAUACACACUUAGAAAACUUUUAUUUGCUAUUUUUAUAUAUGCUCUGCCAAUUUAAAUUUAUUUUUGAAUUGAACUUCCCUAACCAGCACAGACCAGCUAUAGACAAAAAAGUAUUAUUUAUUUAUUAUUUAAAAAUACAUAUACAAUACAAUGUACACUCUCUGUUUGAUUGGAAAACAACUUCAAAUAAAGGACUAUAGUAAAAGCAGCAUUAAUGCUUAGUCCCUGUUUGGAAAGAUAGAUAUUGUCUUGAUCAUCUCAGCAAGCUCUGUGAUCUAUGUAAAAAUACUCACAGCUUUUAGGAUUUUGCAGUUGUUGACCCUAUUUUGGUACAUCAAAGUGACAUUAAACUCCACAGAACAAAGGAAAAGUGUAUCAUCAUAAAUCCAGCUUUUCCCCCCAGAAACGAACAAAAGCCCACAUAAAAUACUAACUAUCAUUUCCUAAUACGUAGUUGUGCCUGUAACUCGAAGCGAUGCAAUGUGUAGGGUAGAAUAAAAAAAGAACAUGCAGGAGUGAAGCCGAUUAGUCGUUCUUGUUUGUAAUUUAGAUAUUUGCUGCUAAUCUGCCAUGAAGUUACUUUCUGGCAAGAAAGCCUGGUGAUGACUCAAUGAUAGACCACUGUUGCACUGAGGAGAGAAAUAUACUAUCUUGACAUACAUUUACGUUUAUUAAUGGACAUUUGUCAAAUUGGUAGCCCAGUUUUCUUACUAUAUCAACAAUAAAAAAUCUUACUGUUUAAAAAAAAGGCUCUGAUGCUUCGUAAAGUCACAUUCCUAUCCAAAGUUACUCCCCUGGUGGCUUUAACUGAGCAUCUACAGUAUUGGGCGGCUCUGAGACAUGCAUGUAAUGAAAACAGACCUUCAACAUGAUCAUCUCUCAAUGAUCUCUCACACUCACUCACAGUUUACUUGUGAAAAAUUCACCUUUCCUCCCUCUCUUUGACACGUCCGUCAGCUUAUCUCUUAAGGUCGAUUCAGCAGUUUGACUCUGCUACUAGAUCCACGGAGAGCCAGAACAAAGAGACUGCACCACACUCGCUGAUAAUACUAAAUAAUUGGCUAGCUCGUGUUGUUUGUUUGGAUCUACUUUCAGUGUGACAUGAAUAUUUGCGUCCCUCUCCUCCAACCCUCCUGUGAGGGGCUGCAGAGCUGACCCGCUUGGUGUGAUAGACAUUGAUAGGAACCACUGUUGUAGAUAACAUUGUUCAUGUUUAGAACACGUUCAGACAUGACGAAACUGACUGUACAGUUUUCUUUAUGCAUUUUGUGUGUUCUGGUUUAUGAGGGAAUUGUUUUGUAAG